CCAGCUAUGUCUACUGGUCUUGUAUAAGAUGUGGUGCUGCCUGCAGUGGAUCUGUGGCGUCUUGCUGCACUGAUGGACAGUGACUGCAUUGGCGUAUGGGUGGGGACUUGAUAAUAAGGGUGAAUAUAGUAACCACAUUGUUUUUUCAUGUCAAACCUUCAUAAGAGUGUAUAUCAAUCAUACCUUAAUAAAAAAAGAUCUAUGAGAUAAAAAAUAUUGAACUUGUAUGCUCCUAAGAAUAUAGCCUAAAAAAUUAAAAAAAAAAAAAGAUGUGGUGCUGCCUGUCUGCCCCAGCCCCUUGGCAAGGUCACUGUACUCCCUAGAGCACUAGCUCAUACACAGGGAGUUCUUGAGGCAGGGACAUUUGACGAGACAAGUUCUUUCCUUCUUCCUUUUGUUAACAGAGAGUGAAAACAUGGAAUCUUCCAAGACUUUCAUGAGACACCUGCCAAUCACACCAGGUUAUAGCGGCUUCGUGCCAUACCUUAGCUGCGAGGGAACCUCCGUCGAGGAUGACAUGUCCCACUGUCUGAAAACCUUCCAGGAGAACACACAGCGAUAUAAAGACCGGCUGGAGGAACUUCGCUGCUCCGUGGCCACUGCCCAGAAACUAAAGCCCACCUGCUCCGAGGAGACAGUCUUGCGGGCCCUGCACCAGUACCACCAGCAGUACCACCCCAUGGAGCUGGAAUGCAAAGACGUCAAGAGACCUCUCCAGGAGCCCCCGAUCCCUGGCUGGGCAGGCUACCUGCCGAGGGCCAGGGUCACUGAGUUAGGCUGUGCCACACGAUACACCGUCAUGGCCAGAAACUGCUACAGAGACUUCCUGGACAUCACGGAGCGGGCCAAGAGAGCGCACCUGAAGCCGUAUGAGGAAAUAUAUGGAGUUAGGUCUACACAACCUCCUCCUGCCCCUUCUCCAAAAGUUUUGCAGCACAAAGGGCUGCUGCCAGAAUAUCCGGAUUUCUCUAUUCCAGGUGGUAGCUGUCCUGCCCUUGGGAGACCCCUGAUGGAGGACCCCAGGCCUCCACUGACGUGUGGCUACGCUCAGAGGCCAAAUGUGUCAUGCAACGGGAAGAGUUAUCUAGAACCACUGAACUCAGCAAAGUAUGCGGAAGGCUAG